AUGCGUGCAGAGUGCAAAUUCACCUGCACCAGCGGAAAGUGCUUGUAUCUUGGUUCACUGGUCUGCAACCAACGGAACGACUGUGGGGACAACAGUGAUGAGGAGAAUUGUCUCCUGGUGACUGAACAUCCACCCCCAGGAAUCUUCAGCUCGGAGCUGGAGUUUGCUCAGAUCAUCAUCAUCAUUGUGGUGGUCACGGUGAUGGUCAUAGUUAUCGUCUGCCUGCUGAACCAUUACAAAGUCUCCACGCGAUCCUUUAUCACCCGUCCGGGUCAGAGCAGGAGGCAGGAGGAGGGGCUGCAGCCGGAAGGGUGCCUGUGGCCUUUGGAUAGCUCCGUGUCCCGGCAGGGUGUCUCAGAGAUCCUGUACGCGCCGCGGCCCCGGGACCGCUCCGCCGCGCCGGUCUUCGCACAACGCGAGCGCUUCGGCCGCUUCCAGCCCACCUUCCCCUACCUACGGCACGAGAUCGACUUGCCGCCCACCAUCUCCCUCUCGGACGGCGAGGAGCCGCCGCCCUACCAGGGGCCGUGCGCGCUGCAGCUGCGUGACCCCGAGCAGCAGCGCGAGCUCAACCGCGAGUCGGUGCGCGCACCGCCCAACCGGACAGUCUUCGACAGCGACCUGGCGGCCUGCUCCCCGUUCCGCGGAGGCCCGUGCCCGCCGAGCUGCCACUCGGGCGUCAGCGCGGCGGCCUGCGGCAGCAACGGGCACGCCGAGGGCCCGCCUCCGGCCUACAGCGAGGUCGUGGGCCACGGCCCCUGCGCCACGCAGCUGUGCGCUUCGGGCGCGGACGGGAAGCCCAAGGGCCUCGCCUGA